GCUAGAAGAACAAGCAAACAUGGAAAUACUAGUGUUGUUUCUUUUGGCCUCCACACUCUCAAUUGCAGCUGCUGAAGACGUGUUCGUGGGCGUCAACAUCGGAGCAAAUAUCUCGUCGAUGCUACACCCGACGGAGGUGGCAGCCCUCCUCGAGUCCCACCAAAUCAACCAUGUCCGCCUCUACGACGCGGACGCCGACAUGCUCCUAGCCCUCGCAAACACAAGCAUCGAAGUCUCGGUCUCCGUCCCCAACGACGAAAUACUCACCAUAUCCCAAUCCAACUCCACCGCCACAAAAUGGCUCUCCCAAAACGUCCUAGCACACUACCCUCACACAAACAUCACAACAAUCUGCAUCGGCACCGCCGACGCCCUAACGCCCCUUCUCCCCAACGCCCUCAAACACGUGCACUCUGCUCUCUCACACGCAAAUCUCGAAAAACAGAUCAAAAUCUCAGCACCUCUCCCCUACACAACCAUCCUCAACCCCUUCCCUCCCUCUCAAGCCCACUUCAACAAAUCCCUAAACCCAAUCCUCAUCCCCCUCCUCAAAUUCCUACAAUCCACAAACUCCCACUUCAUGAUCUCCAUAUACCCCUACCUCGAACACGCGAGAUCCAACGCCUCUGUCUCGUUAGACUACGCGCUCUUCAAGCCCCUCCCGCCAAAUAAACAAGUUGUCGAUGCAAACACUAGCCUCCGCUAUGACAACGCAUUCGAUGCGAUGGUGGACGCCGCCUACUCUGCGAUGGCUAACCUCAACUUCAAUAACGUCCCUAUAACCGUGUCAGAGACCGGCUGGCCGUCCCAGGGCGGCAGUAAUGCUGAUGCCACGUCGGACAAUGCGAGGACCUACAAUACGAAUCUAGUCCAACAUUUGAUGAAGAACAAAAGUGGGACCCCCGGGCGUCCCGGCGUCGCAGUCAGCGCCUACAUUUACGAGCUCUACGACCUAGCUUCCAAACCCGAAUCUCAGAAUUGGGGAUUGUUUGAAGCAAAUGGAGAAGCUGUUUAUACGAUGGAAUUCGGGAGCAGGAAUGAGACAUACUGCGCGGCCAAGGCGGGGGCCGAUGAGGAGGCGGUGCAGGCGGCGCUGGACUGGGCGUGUGGGGCAGGGGGAGUGGACUGCUCGGCGCUGAUGGAGGGGCAGCCCUGCUUUGAGCCGGAUACGUUGUCGGCGCAUGCCACAUAUGCUUUCGACUCGUAUUAUCAGGCGAUGGGCAGGGCUGAGGGGAGCUGUGAUUUCAAUGGAGUGGCCACCAUCACUUCCACCACUCCCAAUCAUGGUUCCUGCAUAACUUCUCAAGCUGCCAGUGAUAAAAAUGGGAGCAGGCUUAACAGCACAGCUCCGGCUAUGGAUUCGGAGAGCUCUUACUCUUCUGCUAGCUUGGCUUAUGGUUAUUCGUUAUCAGCUACUAGAUUUGCGCUUGGAUGUGUUGCUCUUCUGUUUUAGUGUGUGUUGCUUGUGAAGUUAGGUGAUGAAAAGAUAGUGUUGUUUUCUUUUAAGAUUGAUUUUGUGGGAAUAAAAGUUGGAAUUUCAAUUUCA